CGGCGCAUCGGCAACCCUCCCUAACCGCGGAGGCGCGCGAGGCGAGGGUCACCGGCGGCGGCAGCGUCACGCCGGGCCGAGGCGUGGAUGGAUCUGUUCGAGCGCGCCAAGACGGUGCGGCUGCGGAGCCACCACGACAAGUACAUGUACGCCGACGAGGACGAGUCCCACGUCCUGCAGGACCGCAACGCCUCCUCCCCGAACGUGCGGUGGACCGUCGAGCUCGUGCCCCACGCGCCGGGCGUCAUCCGCCUCCGCAGCCGCUACGGCCGCUACCUCACCGCCUCCAACGAGCCCUUCCUCAUCGGCGUCACCGGCCGCAAGGUGAUCCAGACGCUGCCCCACCGCCUCGACUCGUCCGUCGAGUGGGUCCCCGUCGGCAACGGCAGGCACGCUCGCCUCCAGACCCGCUACGGCAACUUCCUCCGCGCCAACGGCGGGCUCCCGCCGUUGCGCAACACCAUCAGCCACGACGUCCCCCACCACCGCCAUGCCGGCUGGGUCGUCUGGUGCAUCGAGAUCGUGCAGGUCCUCCUUCAUCCGCGUGAAUGCUCCGAUCCCGUCACUUCCGCCGCCGCCGCCUCUCCCCCUCUACCUUACAAGCCAGUCUCUCGAUCGCCCUCGCCAUCGCCCUCUCCCUUACCGACGGAAGCGCUUAGGCCUCCUCCGGCACCGCACCACCGUACGGCGACUCCAUUCAUAGCGCAGCCCCCGCCUCCUCCCCCCGGCUCCCUAGCGCCCCCGGUCGGCCUUUCCAGGCUCGAGUCGGCAGACUCCUUCUCGAUGCCGGUGCACAAGGUGGAGGGGCGGCACAUCCACUACCACAUUGCGGAUGACAGUGGUGAUGUGCGUGAUGAAGCGGAGGGACACUCGUUCAUGUUCAACGGGACAAGCCUUGGGGAGCUGCUGGAGAGACUGCAGGAGGAGACGGGGCUCAAGGACGUGAUCGUCUGCUUUCGCAACCCCAUCACAAGCAAGUUGAUGCCGCUGCGCCUGCAACUGCCACCCGACAACAACGCCAUGCAUGUCGUGCUCGUGCACGAGUCCUCACAAGUGGCAAGAUCCUUUUCAUGAGAUUUAUGAUCCACGGCAGAAGUUACAGGGAGCUUCUUGUAUUUGUAUAGUGUUUUUUUUUUAAUCUGUGCAUGUUGAGUUGUUGACCAUUUCAUUAUUGUGGGCUAGAUCUGGGCAGUGUAGGUGAGGAGCCGUGAAACCGUGUAUACAUUUAUUUUUAGAUUUUUGGUUUCGUUCUUGGAAGUCUGAAUGACAUAGAGAUGUUUCUGCACAAUCUUUAAUUUUACAUGUCAUAUAUCAUAGAAUUUCUACGUCAAUGAUUCAUCUGGGCAGUUGUGAUGGAGCAAAACUAACACUAUACAGGUCUAGCACCUCUUGUAGUAAAUGCGUAGUAUCGACCCCAGGAUGUCCGCCAAACACACCGUUAAUGUCACGACACAUACGGCAUAUAUAUGGAUGGAACGAUAGAUAUUAAAAAAGAAUUGCACAAAGUAAUAAUUACAAUAAUAUAUAUACGAUGAAUCCAACAAGUCAAAUAUGACAAAUGCAUCCAUGCAAGGGUCAUACAACCAAGAUGCGGCACUCACAGCGGAAGUGAA